AUGUCCCUACUGCGACUGUGGACCCCACGGGUCCUUCUCACGGUGCAAUUGUUGUGGCUGCUGAUACAGGCAGCUCCUGUUUGGAGGUGGCCCUGGGACACGGUCCAGCCUACCUCCGAAUCUCCAGGGCCGAAAGAGCCCUGGUCUUCCCUCUCUUCCGAUCUCUCACCCGAAUCCCCUCAUGUGCCUACAACCCCAGCAGAUCCUGGGGACUUUGAUUACCUGGGGUCUUCUGCUCCUUCCCACUUGUUGGCUUCACCUCAGGAGUUGACUGAGAAUUUGGCUCCAUUCCUGGACAGGGAUUCAGCUCAAGAGCUACUUCAAGGGCCAGAUAGGCUUACUAUUCUACGUCGUCGGCUUCUGAGGAAUAAGCUAAGGAGACGACGAAGGCUUCCAGAGGUGGUUCCAACGCCCGGCUGGGAUCAGAAUCAAGUCCUGCGUCCUCAACUCAUAAGGAAGAUUCAAACUGUAAGUCCAGAUGAGGUUACAGGUCACCAGGCAUUUGAAAUACUUGUUCCACCUCUAGAUAGUCACAGUUCAAAACCAACAACAUUCAUUGUUUCACCAAAGAACCUAAAGGAAGAUCUAGCUCAACAUCCACAGCUCACUAAAGUUGUUGUUGGAGCUCUAGACCAAUUUGAAUCAAAAUCUCAGUCUUACAAACAAAUUCUGCAGAAUGACGAUUAUACAGAUCAAAGUAUGGAUUUACUUUACCCUGGCAGCAUACCUCUGGGAUUUGCGAGAAACCCAGAGGUGGCUCAAGACACCGCUGCACAAGGUGAACUUUCUCAGUUCAAUGUAAAAGAUGAAAGUCGAAAUCCAGAGACCCCUGAGAAGAUCCCAUCCUCUUUACUCCAUCAAGAAACCCUAGAAGAGUACCCUGAGGAAGUAGAACCUUUAACUGAGCAGCAGGCCCCACAGCCUUUUGAGCAGGUAGAACCUUCUUUAACAGAGCAGGAGGCCUCAGCUCAGCAGGCAACUAAUACUGAAGAGCAUGUGUCUCAGCCAGUGAUACAUCAUGAGGUAAAUGUUCCAUCUCCAACUCGGGCUGAAAUUUAUCAUUCAGUCUUGCCCAAAGUCACAGUUAAACCUGUAGAUCUGGAGCUUACACUAACUUCAGAGCCAAGUAACAACAUUGAACCUACUUUAAGCCAGCAGCAGGCCCCAGCUCAGCCUCCAGAGCACCCUGAAGAGGUGGAACUUUCCUCAACCCAACAAGAGGUCUCACCUUUUGAGGAGGUUGGACUGUCCCCAACCCAACAAGAAGGUAAACCUUCAGAUGUGGAGGUUACCAUAACUUCAGAGCCUACCAAAGAGGCUGAAUCUUCUUCAACCCAGCAGGAGACCCCAACUCAGCCUCCAGAGCAUCCUGAGGAGGUGAAACCUUCUGCCACCCAGGAAGAGACCUCAGCCGAGUCUCCAGAACAUCAUGAAGUAACAGUUUCACCUCCAGAGCACCAUCAAACUCAACAUUCAAACUUGCCCAAUGACAUUGUUAGGCCUGCAGAUGUGCAGGUCACCAUAUCAGGAGAGCCUACUGCAGAGGUCAGACCUUUUCCAACAGAGCAGGAGUCUCCAGCUCAGCCUCCGGACAUGGGGCUUACUGUAACUCCAGAACCUACUACAGAGGUUGAACAUCCUGUGGCUCUGGAAACGAUGGCAGCUCCCCAUCCAGACCAGAUUCAGACUCAGCCUCCAAUCCCGACUGAAGUUACAAUUCAAAUAUCCGACUCGGACAUUACCGUAACUCAAAAUUCGUUGCCAAAUUACAAUAUGGAACAAGAGAUUGCCAAUAUCAACACCGACAUGAACACCAGCAUAUGUGAGCUCUGUACCUGCAGAGAUGAGACACUGUCGUGUGUUGGUCUCAGCCCAGAGAAGAGACUCCGCCGAGUGCCUGUGCAGGAGCCUGAAGCCUAUAAUGGUACCUUCACCGUCUUAAAUUUCCAAGGAAAUGCUAUUUCUUACAUUGAUGAGAAUGUAUGGAAAUCAUACCGUUGGACUGAGAAAUUAAUUCUCAGUGAAAAUCAUUUGACCGAAUUACAUAAAGAUUCAUUUGAAGGCCUGCUAUCCCUCCAGUAUUUAGAUUUAUCCUGCAAUAAAAUCCAAUUUAUUGAAAGACGUACCUUUGAAUCACUACCAUUUCUGCAGUAUGUAAAUCUUGGUUGCAAUUUAAUCACUGAACUGAGCUUCGGAACGUUUCAGGCGUGGCAUGGAAUGCAAUUUUUACACAAGGUAAUUCUCAAUCGUAAUCCUCUGACAACUGUUGAAGAUUCAUAUCUUUAUAAAUUGCCAGCAUUAAAAUAUCUAGACAUGGGAACAACACAAGCCCCACUUACAACAGUCGAGAACAUCCUCAUGACAACUCUUGAGUUGGAAAAACUGAUCUUACCUAGCCAUAUGGCCUGCUGCCUCUGCCAAUUUAAAAAUAAUAUUGAGGUUGUCUGCAAGACAGUGAAGCUACAUUGUGAUGCAUGUAUAGGAAACAGCACAGAAGAUUGUUUUGAAGAAGCAAGUGUAGGAAAUGCGGAAGGAGCGCUCAUGAAGGUAUUACAGGCUCGGAAGAAGCACACGAGCACCGAGCUGACCAUUGAGCCAGAGGUAUCCGCAAAUAAAAAUGGCGUCAGCUUGUCAGGCUUCACGAGUGACCAGAUUGAAAUGCAGCUAAACCAGCAGCUCCGAUCCCUCAUCCCCAACAACGACGUGAGAAGGCUCAUUUCUCACGUUAUCCGGACUUUGAAAAUGGACUGCUCUGAGACCCAUGUGCAACUGGCCUGUGCCAAGCUCAUCUCUAGAACAGGUCUCCUGAUGAAGCUUCUGAGUGAGCAGCAAGAAUUAAAAGUAUCCAAGGCAGAAUGGGAUACGGAUCAGUGGAAGAGUGAGAACUACAUCAAGGAGAGCACAGAAGCCCAGGCUGAACAGAAAGAGCAGGAGUCAAGUGAGCUCACUAAAGGAGUUCCAGGAUAUGGCUAUAACAACAAACUCAUCUUGGCGAUAUCUGUGACUGUAAUAGUGAUGAUUUUGAUUAUAAUUUUCUGUCUUAUUGAGAUUUAUUCUCAUAGAAGAGCAGCAAGGACAGAUGUAGAAUCAGGCUCAGUCCCAAGGAGGGGCUUUUUUGACUUUCUGCAUAGGAGAUGCUCAUCGCAGAGUGAAAGCCAGGAGGGCUUUUUCUGGUUAAGGUGUCCACUUUGGCUUAGGGAUAUGUACAGACCUCUCAAUGCCACACGCAAGAAAAACAUGGCCCAGAAGCUUCACGACAAGGAGUCUUCUGAUGAGGAAGAGAUUUACAAGAGGGAUGCAGGGGAGCGCAUAUCAACAGCAACACCUGUGGAUUCGGCUGCUGAAGGUGGUGAGGAAAGUGAGACCGCGCCAGAAGGGGAGGACGAAGAGUGAUCCAGCCUGCCUAAGGCCGCCUGCAAACUGUACUUUCUAAUGUUGGCAUCUCGGCAUUGCUUGUAAGAUACUUAUUAUUCACACACAAAAAAUGUAUACAGUCUAUUGUCAAUUCCAGCCAGCUGGUAAGAAACUUAAAUGUUAAUAGUUAAAUAUUUAUACACGCAAAACAAGGGCCAGAGUAAAGAAAAGCAGGACUGAAGCCAGAGACUGUCAAGCUGGCCAACACCUCCACAAGCGGCAUUGUGGGCAGAGGACGCACGGGGGCUCCCCCACCUCAUUUCCCAGUCUAGCCAGUCUCCGGGAAGCUGAAAAUACAUCAUCCUGGAGAGAGGGAGCCAAUUUCUAAAUCAAAUACAGUUGUUCUGGGGCUCUCUCCCCUUGUCCAUUAAGAACCAGUCCUUUACAACAUACUUGACCUCUUGCCCUGAGGGGACCUUCCACCUGCUGCCACCUCUCAGAGGGUGGGUGGGGUUGCCAGAAAUGUUUGGAUCACUAAGCCGACCUGCACUGUUGCAUCAAGUCCUCUGUUUUCUCCCAUGCUCCCAAAUUCAUGCGUGAAUGUGUGUCCUUUACCCUUUAAAUCUGGUGGAAAAUUCAAAAAUUUUUUUUUGUUGGUUUUUUCUUUUUAAAAAUCUCAACCCUUGGAUAGCUACUAGGCCAAUUCACUGUCCCUCAGAUGGUUGGAGGGCCAGACUAUAGUUUAAAAAAAAAUAAAGCUUAACAAAUUCCUAUGCACACUGCACAUACCUUAUUUUGAAGUACAAAAACAAAACGGGGACAAAUACAAUCACACCGCUUCUUGUGGCCCGCGGGCCGCAAUUUGAGGACGCCUGGUCUAGGGAGAUAGAGAAGUAGAACCCAUGCUUGCCAGUGAAGAGUCAACAAUGACAAUAAUACUGGGGAUGAUGGCUGCUACGGUUUAUUAGGCACCAGCUUGGGCCAGCAUAAUACGAAGCUCUUUAGUUACACUGUUAAGUCACAAGGACCAAAACGCCACAUGCCAGCUCAAACUCUGCAAGGGCGUGGGGUGUUAUGAGUGUUGGACAUAAACAGGAAGCUAACAGUAAACCAAGACUAGAGAUCUUGUACUGCUGGGCCUCCCAGACUCUGGGCCAGGAUUCCAGGCAAAUCCAGAUUCCUAUUUUGUCACAAUUACAUUAUUUCCAAUUGGGUACACAAAGUGAGACUUACGUAAAACACUAUCUCAACUUUGUACAAUACUUGUUAACCUCAAAUGCUACCGCUACCGUACUGUACUUCUAUUUUUUGUUUUAGAGAUAGAGUCUCACUUCGUCACCCUUGGUAGAGUACCAUGGCAUCACAGCUCACAGCAACCUCCAGGUCUUGGGCUUAGGCGA